GUCAUGAAUGGAGAGAGAGAAGAAGAAGAAGAGGAGGAAGAAGACUUGUCAACCACCACCACUACCUCUAUAAGUGCCAAACAAGAGGAAGGAAGAGGAAGAAGAGGAGGAGGAGGAGGAAGACAUACCCACAAUCCUUCAAACUACAGUGUCAUAAUGUGUGCCAAACCAGAAGAAGAGGAGGAGGAGGAGGAAGAGGAGGAGGUGUGUGCCAUAAGGGAGGAGGAGGAGGAGGAGGAGGAAGAGGAGGAGGAGAGGAAGAAGAAGAGGAAGAGGUACCAGUGUCCAGUGUGCAGGGAGAGCUUUGAGAGUAAGAGGGCCUUUAACUCUCACAUACUCGUCCAUUGCCAGCUGGUGAAUGGGACUGUGGGGGUGCCAGAGAGGGGGGCGGCAGUCCCCCACCCCCCCUACACAGCCCCCCACCCUGCCCCCCACCACAGGAAGAGAGAGAGAGAGGAACAAUUAGAAGAUUUGACAAGAAGAAGAAGAAGAAGAAAGCUGGAAGAAGAGGAGGAGGAGGAGGAGGAAGAGGAAGAAGAGAGGAUACAAGACACAAGAAGAAGGAGAAGCAUGAUCAAAGAGGAAGAAGAAGAAGAGGAAGAGGAAGAGGAGGAAGAAGAUCAAGAACAUGGCGUCCUCUGACCUAAGCUUUCGAGGUGGCAAGCACUCACAGACACACCCAAACAUUACCACACUUUCCAAGCCUGCCACAGCCACCACACUCACCACAGCCACUGCCACAGCCUACCACCACACUCUGCCACACCUCACAGCGCCACACCUCUACCACAGCACGGAUCGGAGCCCCCUGGAGGAUGAGAACGACAAUUUAGUGAACGAGGCAAGGGAGAAAGAGAAAGCAUUUAUCGACUCAAGUCAAAAUGAACAAUAUUUGACCGAGGACUCUUCAGGAUUUGACCCCCCCCCUCCCCUGCCUCUGUAUGGGGUGGGGGGCGCUGUGAGGAGGGUGCGUGUAGGAGGGGAUGAUGGCCCCCCUAUGGUGUACAGUGUGCGCCUUCAUGCAGAGCAGGUCCUAGUGUCGAGAAUUCUGGGCAUUAACGCAGAAACAGGGGACAAAAUGGAGCUUUACAAAUGCUUCAUGUGUGGAGUUGCCUUCCCAUCAGUGUCCAGGCUCCAGGCACACCUCUGGACACACAAACAGCGCUUCGUCUGCAGUAAAUGUAGCUUCUCCUGUGAUUCGAGGGUCGUGUUCUCCAGCCAUGUGCAACGGGAGCAUCUCUCGGCUACUGGGGGUGGUGGUGUGGCUGGUGCUGGUGGUAGGAGGGAGGAGGGCCCGGGGCAGCAGCAGCGGGGCGUGGUGGGGCAAGAGGACCCAAGCAACGCAGAGAACACCGUCACUGUGGCUGCAUUACUGUCCGCCCUGAGAGAGAAGGCUCGGGCGGGCGGGCGGGCUGGACAGACGGGGCUCGGAAACAUAAGCCCUGCCCCGGAUGAUGAAACAGACUGCAGCAGCGGCGAGGACUCAUACGCUUCCCCGGGGUGUGACGCGGGGCAGGUCGGCGCAGGGCAGGGCCAGGCGGGGCAGGAUGAGGCGGGGCAUGGGGCGGAGGAGAUGUUCAAAAUGUACUCCUGUCGUUUCUGUGGGAAGAAGUUUGACCGCGCUUUCUCCUGCAACAGACAUGAGCGGGUCCACACGGGGUACAAGCCAUGUUUUUGCAGGGUGUGUGGUCGGGGUUUCUCGGAGCCCCGGAAUUUACGACACCACGUCAUCAGAUUCCACAGCGACGGGUCCUUACGGCAUCUAAUAAAACGCGACAGGCGGCGUAAGGGGGAAAACGACCCCUCUACGACCAUCCAAGCGCCUGUGUCCCCCUCGCCACCUCUGCCACACACCACACUACCACAGCUUGCCAUUCUACCACAGGAAACGAGACUAAAGGACGUUUUGAAGGAAACCGCGAAUAAAUUGAUAUCGUCAUCAAAUAUAGACAUAUCGGGGCUGUCUGGAAAAACGGGGCUGGAAAUCACACUAACUAAAAAUGAUGCCCCGCCCCAGUCAGCCCCAAAAGUCCCCUCAGCACCCCAGUCGCCUUCCCCGCCCCCCUCCAAGCCACAUCCGCAAGUUUCCAUACAUAAGCAGGAGGAAGGCAACACAUCUGCUGCCGCCGCCGCUGCUGCCGCUGCUGCUGUCACCACGUACACCACCAGCCUCACCAAGAUCAUCGCUGCGUCGUUGGAUAAUUCCAGUCGGGGCAACGGGAGGCGGAUGGCGGGGCUUGGCGUGGAGACAGGUGUGGGGCAAGGAAGCUACAGGGGGCAAGAUUUGGAGCCAGGAGAGAUCAGGCUGGAUGGCAGAGCUCGGAUUAUUGAAGGAGAGAGUGGGAGGCGAUUAGUGGUGGCCGAGGAUGAGGAAGGGAUGGACCACUCGCCACAUUUCUCUAACUAUGCACCCAGGCUGAACAUCGUGCAGGAGCCCAUCGACCGCGACAAGGCUUUGGUCCCCAUCACUGACGACAUUGGCAGGACAUUCUUCGAGUGUCCUUACUGCCACAAGCUGUUUGGAAGCACCUCAGACAUGAACAGACAUUUAGAUUUCCAUGAAGACUUGCGGCCAUACAACUGUGAAUAUUGCGACUACUCUGCUCGGACAAAUAGCCAACUCAAAGUGCACAAGAUGAGACAUGAGGGCAUCAAGCUGUACAGUUGUGACGUGUGUAACUACAAUGGAGUGACGCAGAGUGACUUGAACAGACACAAGAAGACACAAAGCCACAUUGCUCGCAGUCAGAACAUAUGCUCCAUCUGUGGGCUUGGAUUCUACACCACCUCACAGAAACAGGUUCACAUAGUACAGUGUCACCCAGAAGUAGAAGGUGCCUCGUCCCUAAUUCAAAUGAGUAUGGGCCCCCCGGUGGUUCCCCUCAUACCCCCCCACCCCCCACCACCACCACUGCCUGCUGAUGGUGGUGGUGGUGGUGGGGUGGUGGUGGUGGUGGUACUACUGGUACUACUACUACUACUAUACAGCUAACACAAGUGAUGUAACUACUACUACUGCUACUACUACUACUACUACUACUACUACUACUACUACUACUACUACUACUACUACUAAUUUUUCAUUCUUUUUUC